CAGCACUGGAGUCAAUCAGGCCCUGAAGUUCAGGAGAACACACUGACGGACACUGUGCCCUCACACACCGACACACACACUCACACACUAACACACAUACACACUCAUACUGACGCACACACACGCACACAUGGAGUACUACUGCACUCUGCUGCUCUGGAUCCUCUGCAUGCUGCCAGGGCUCCCUGACUGCUUCAACAUUGACACGAAGAGCCAUAGAAUCAUAAAAGGACCGAAGCAGGCGCAGUUUGGCUACACGGUGCAGCAGCACAUCGCCGGGGGACAGAAGUGGUUACUGGUUGGAGCUCCAUUAGAAACAACUGGGCAACACCAAACAGGUGAUGUGUAUAAAUGCCCUUUAGGCAGAAGAGCUGCGGGACCCAGCUGCACCAAGCUCAGUUUAGGAAAGAUAUCGCUCACGAAUGUCUCGGAACGUAAAGAUAAAAUGAGGCUCGGGAUGACUCUCACCUCCAACCCUAAAGACAACAGCUUUGUGGCGUGUGGUCCUCUGUGGUCGUAUGAAUGUGGCAGCUCCUACUACAGUACGGGAAUCUGCUCCAGAGUCAACGCCAGCUUUAAAUUUUCUCGCACCAUUUCUCCAGCUUUCCAAAGAUGUGAGACCUAUAUGGAUAUUGUCAUUGUUCUGGAUGGCUCCAAUUCCAUUUAUCCAUGGUAUGAAGUUCAAGACUUUCUCAUCAAUAUCCUGCAGAAGUUCUACAUUGGGCCAGGACAGAUACAGGUUGGUGUGGUGCAGUAUGGGGAGAAGGUGGUGACGGAGUUCCAGCUGAAUGAUUUUCGCUCAGUGGAGGAUGUGGUGAAAGCUGCUAGAAAGAUAGAACAGAGGGGAGGGGAAGAGACCAACACUGCACUGGGCAUCAAUGUGGCACGAUCUCAGGCCUUUAAACAGGGUGGAAGAAAAGGCACCAAGAAGGUCAUGAUCGUCAUUACAGACGGAGAGUCACAUGACAGCCCGGACCUAAAGCAGGUCAUCGAGGACAGCGAGAAGGACGGCAUCAUUCGAUACGCCAUAGCUGUGUUGGGAUAUUAUAACCGUAGAGGAAUCAACCCAGAGGCUUUCCUCAACGAGAUCAAAUACAUCGCCAGCGAUCCGGACGAUAAGCACUUCUUCAACGUGACGGAUGAAGCUGCGUUAAAAGACAUUGUGGAUGCUCUGGGAGAGAGGAUCUUCAGUUUGGAAGGAACCAGUAAGAACGGGACAGCAUUUGGUCUCCAGAUGUCUCAGGCUGGUUUUUCCACACAUAUAGUUCAGGAUGGGAUUCUGGUGGGAGCUGUGGGGGCGUAUGAUUGGAACGGAGCCGUGCUGAAGGAGACACGGCAUGGUAAAGUGGUUCCCGCCAAGUCCUCCUAUGCCCAGGAGUUCCCUGAGGAGCUGAAGAACCAUGGAGCCUAUUUGGGUUACACAGUGACGUCGGUGGUGUCAGCACGGAGUGGCCAACUGUAUGUAGCUGGAGCUCCUCGGUUUAACCAUACUGGCAAAGUCAUCAUCUUCACCCUGCAGAACACUGGAGAGCUCAACAUACUUCACUCACUGAAAGGACAGCAGAUUGGAUCGUACUAUGGCAGUGAGAUUGCUCCAUUAGACACUGAUGGAGAUGGAGUCACAGAUAAUCUGCUGGUGGCUGCUCCAAUGUUCUUCAGUGGAGGCUGGGAGAAGGGAAAGGUCUAUAUCUACAGAGUCACUGAACAGCCUCGUUUUAUCCUGGAGGGGGCACUGGAGCUGACUGAGCUAGGGCAGAAUGCCAGGUUCGGCUCUGCCCUGGCCCCGGUGCCCGACCUGAACGGAGACUCUUUUAAUGAUCUGGUGGUGGGAGCUCCGCUGGAGGACGAUCAUAAGGGGGCCAUUUAUAUCUACCACGGCCAGAACAAAAGGAUACUGAGGAAGUAUAAACAGAGGAUUGGUGCGACGCAGUUGGCCCCGGGUUUGCAGUAUUUCGGCAGGAGCAUUCAUGGUAAAAUGGACAUGAAUGGCGAUGGCCUGGUGGAUCUCGCUGUGGGUUCGCUUGGUGCUGCUGUGCUCCUCUGGUCUCGUAGCGUGGUCCGCAUCCAUGCUAAUGUCCGAUUUGAACCAAGCAAAGUCAACAUAUUCAAUAAGGACUGUCGUCGGGGAGGGAAGGACGUGACGUGUAUGUCGGCUAUCGUGUGUCUCAACGUCACUGCCAGGACCACCAGCAAAGCCCCACAGGAAGUAGAUCUUUGGUUCACUGCCUUUAUCGAGGAGAGGCGUUUUAACCCUCGCGCUGUGAUGGAUGAUCCAGAGCGCCAGCAGCCGCAGAACCUCACCUUACUCACAGACGAGGAACACUGUGAGAACAUCUACUUCUACGUUAUGGACACUACAGACUAUGCCAGGCCCAUCAUAUUCACUGUGGAAACAGGUCUGCAAGACCCAGACCAGGGUCCCACGCUAGAUGACAACUGGCCAACCACCGUCAAAACCCAGCUUCCGUUCUGGAACGGCUGUGAUGAGGAUGAUCACUGUGUUCCAGAUCUGGUGAUACAAGCACAGACUGACCUGAUCAAUCGGCAGCAGUUCUGUGGACAGGCGUUCCGGGCGGGUAGUGUUCUGUGUAGAAGUCCAGUACCAGCAGAAACGAUGGAACGAGUGAUAGAGGGGUCCAGGCGGAAGAUGGUGGUGGACGUUCGACUUGAGAACCGAGGAGAAAACGCUUACGGAGCUCACCUUAAUAUCUCCUACUCCAGAAACCUGCGCUUCUCCAGUCUCAUAGUGAAGGACAAUUCAGACAUUCAGAUCGACUGUCGCGGCAAGACCAAGCAGAGAAAUGAGAAAUCCUGCAAUGUUAGUGCUCCAUUCAUGAGAGCCAAGAGCCAAGUCACCUUCCGGUUGGAGUUUGAGUUCAGCAGUUCUGAGUUGCUGGAUCAUGUGCGGAUAAUUCUGCAGGCCAGCAGUGACGGCGAGGAGGUGGCCUUACACGACAACAUUAAUGACAUCUUCUACACACUGAAGUACGAGGCAGACCUGCUCUUCACGAGAGAUUCCAGUCCGCCACGCUGGGAGCUCAAAGCUGACCUCUCCCUGGAGAAGCCUGAGAACAUCCAUCCGCCCUUCAACUUCACCUUCCAAAUCCAGAACCUGGGCUACUUCCCUGUGAGAAACCUCCAGCUGAACAUCAUGAUCCCUGAAGUGACCAAAAAUGGCAAUCAGCUCCUGCAGAUCCAAGACUUUCAUGCAGAGCAGGAAAACGGAAUUCACUGCAUUCCUCCUCAACACGUAGCGCACAGCCGAGCAUCACCAGAGGACCUGACCCGCAUCUCCCACCUGAAUUACACCAAUACCCUGACUGUGCCGGUGCACUGCAGUGUGAACCUGACCUCAUACAGGGACGUCCACGUGAGAAUCAGCGGGUCCCUUCGCACUGACUCUCUACACGCACUGAAGUUCAAAACGCUGGAGUUGGUGACGACAGCCUCGGUGGAGCUGAGCCCAGAAAGCCCCAUGUUCCUUCAUGAAGAGAGGCCCGUCCGUCACAUAAUUCUGGAGAUACGGAAAGAGGAAGAUUAUCGUAUUCCGAUCUGGAUUAUUAUUGGGAGUACACUCGGAGGACUGUUGUUACUGUCGCUCCUCAUUCUAGCACUGUGGAAGCUGGGAUUUUUCCAGAGGCAGAAGCACAGGGAGGAGGCGGAAAACGAGGCCAAUGGAAAGGUGGCAGAGGAGCGAUAACGCAGGCUGCCCACUGGGUACAACCUGGCCCAACUCUCAGGGAGCGUCCCACAGUAACACUACACGUCUCUGGAACAGAGAGGGGGAGGCGGCUGGGGAGGGGGAGUGCAAGAGAGAGAGAGAGAGAGAGAGAAAGAGAGAGAGAAGAGGAUAUAGAAGGAAAGAGAGGAAAGUAUUGAUGAGUAAAUAUACACUAUAUUGCCAAAAGUACCCUGCGUUGGCCUGCAUUGCUGUGUUUGGUGAUGUGAGGCUUGGAUCUCACUACACUCUACUGUUGUUGAUCUAAUCUGAAGCUACAUGUUGUUUGGAGGUGUGUAGUGAUGAACUAAUCUGAAGCUACAUGAAGUUUGGAGGUGUGUAGUGAUGAACGCUGAAGCUACAUGAAGUUUGGAGGUGUGUAGUGAUGAACUAAUCUGAAGCUACAUGAUUUUUGGAGGUGUGUAGUGAUUAACUCUGAAGCUACAUGAAGUUUGGAGGUGUGUAGUGAUGAACUAAUCUGAAGCUACAUGAAGUUUGGAGGUGUGUAGUGAUGAACUAAUCUGAAGCUACAUGAAGUUUGGAGGUGUGUAGUGAUGAACUAAUCUGAAGCUACAUGAAGUUUGGAGGUGUGUAGUGAUGAACUAAUCUGAAGCUACAUGAAGUUUGGAGGUGUGUAGUGAUGAACGCUGAAGCUACAUGAAGUUUGGAGGUGUGUAGUGAUGAACUAAUCUGAAGCUACAUGAAGUUUGGAGGUGUGUAGUGAUUAACUCUGAAGCUACAUGAAGUUUGGAGGUGUGUAGUGAUGAACUAAUCUGAAGCUACAUGAAGUUUGGAGGUGUGUAGUGAUGAACGCUGAAGCUACAUGAAGUUUGGAGGUGUGUAGUGAUGAACUAAUCUGAAGCUACAUGAAGUUUGGAGGUGUGUAGUGAUUAACUCUGAAGCUACAUGAAGUUUGGAGGUGUGUAGUGAUGAUGAACUCUGAAGGUACAUGAAGUUUGGAGGUGUGUAGUGAUGAACUAAUCUGAAGCUACAUGAAGUUUGGAGGUGUGUAGUGAUGAACUAAUCUGAAGCUACAUGAAGUUUGGAGGUGUGUAGUGAUGAUGAACUCUGAAGGUACAUGAAGUUUGGAGGUGUGUAGUGAUGAACUAAUCUGAAGCUACAUGAAGUUUGGAGGUGUGUAGUGAUGAACUAAUCUGAAGCUACAUGAAGUUUGGAGGUGUGCAGUGAUGAACUAAUCUGAAGCUACAUGAAGUUUGGAGGUGUGUAGUGAUUAACUAAUCUGAAGCUACAUGAAGUUUGGAGGUGUGUAGUGAUGAUGAACUCUGAAGGUACAUGAGGUUUGGAGGUGUGUAGUGAUGAACUCUGGAGCUACAUGCAGUUUGAAGGUGUGUAGUGAUGAACUCUGAAGCUACAUGUAGUUUGGAGGUGUGUAGUGAUGAACUCUGAAGCUACAUGUAGUUUGGAGGUGUGUAGUGAUGAACUCUGAAGCUACUUGUGUUCAUAGAUCAAGUGAUUCAGGACAUCUGAUUUUAUUGAUUUGGAUGGACGAGCGAAUACUUUUGGCAAUAUAGUGUAGAACUCAAUUCUGAGUGAUGAGACAGAAUGCAAAGAGAGAAACACAAAGGGAACAAAAGGAUGAACACAAGGCGAUGGCCAGAAUGAAAGAAAGAAAGAAAGAAAGUAGGGGACUUGCUCUGUGCACUGGAUGAUCUGUUGCUCCAUCACGGAUAAUAAAAAACACUGCAUCGUCCUUCGCCUGGCCUGCACUGCUUACUGAGCCGAACCCAUGGAUCACAGACAGGUCUCCACAUCUCAUCCUCCACGUUAAAAGAAGAAAAAUGGGACGUCGUUUCAAACUAGGAAAAAAAAAACAAGACUUUUGGGAAAUCCGUUGAAGAAGGACUUCUGGGAACAUGAGUUUUUUUAUAUGCUAUCUGACUCAUCACAUCUGAUCUUCUGCCAAAAUACAUGUAGCUCUCUGCAAAUAUACAAGAGAAACCUCAAAAUGGCUGAGACUCUCCACAACAGCCACGUUUCCUGGUGCUUUUUUAUUCCCAAAAUAGGACAUCUUGGAAAAAGACGAGGGUUAGAGUGAGGGACGGGACAGCAGGGGGUUCACACAAGAGCUGGCUUGCUUUAUUGUAACGAUGUCGACAGAUGUAAGAUGUACAUUAGGCACUGGUGUAACUAGCUCUGUGUUUUUUGCAGUGUUUCUAAUUUAUUGUUAUGAAGAUGAAUGGAUUUUUGAUUGUUUUUCCACAGUAAGUGUGUUUGCAUGCACUUCAUAAUUAGGGUUGGGAAUCACAGGGCAUUUCACGAUACGAUAUUAUCACGAUAUGUUCCCCACAAAAGCGAUGACAUCACUGUGAUACUCAGUAUACCACAAGUCAACUCUCUACGAUACAUCUGUGUUACUGAAGAUGAUCAAACACUCCUAAAUAAGCAAAUAAAAGAAAUUAUGGAUUUAUUGGUGCCACUACCAAUAUUCUUCACUGCAGGUUUACCCUAUUCUUUUGAUUAGCGCCACCACAUAGAAUAAUAAAGCAGUAACUAAGUAAAUAAUGCCCCAUCCACACAAAUACAGAUAUUUUUAAAAACUGAAGUUUUUGUUUCUGUUUUUAAAAAUAUCCACCUGGAAACACCAUACAACAUGCUGAAGUAAACAUUGGAUUCUCUAGACAUGCAGACGUUUUUAAAAACUGAGGUUUUUGUUUCUGUUUUUAAAAAUAUCCACCUGGAAACACCAUACAACAUGCUGAAGUGAACAUUGGAUUCUCUAUACAUGCAGACGUUUUCUCCACACUCCUCAGCAUCAACUACUUCAUUUUCAAUGUAAGUAAUCCGUGAAUCACAGAGAGAACAGAACCAUUACAGGCGCUGCACAUGUCUCAGGCUCUGAACAGGCUAAUGUAAACAAAAAGCAGACAUACGCAGACUUGCUGUGUGACAUCAGCGUUUUCAGAAAGCUUUGUUUUUCCUAUUUACAUGGCUCCGAUUGUAGUGAAUUGUAGCAUUUUCGAAAAGCUCAGUUUUUGAGGACCAAAAAAUGCUAUUUUCGUGUGGACAGAAGGCCAAAGAGAUAAAUACCUCAGUUGGCCUAGGACGGGGCCUAGUCAAAUUGGGGGUGGGUCUUAGUCCAAGCAUCAAUAUUGUAUCACAAACAAAAACAGUACAAUACAUUGCAAUAUGGAUAUUUUGUCCCAUCGCUAUUCAGAAACUGAUUACACAUGGAUUAAAGUAGUUAUCUGAUCAUAUUUAAGUAAUCAUGUAAACAGCAUAUUCAAAAUCAUUAAAUCUAUAGGCUGUAGUGUUGGUAAACCUGGUAAAUCUGGUAAAGAGAGCUGCAUUUUAGCUUAGUAAUUUCCAUUUGCAAAUUAAACAUCUGAUUAUCUGAUCUCCUAUUAUCUGAUUACCCAAGUUCAUGCAGACAUGUUGAUCAGAUUACUGAGAAAAUGAUUACUGAUUUUCUGCAGUAAUCGGAUUAUUAUGAAGUGCAUGUAAACACACUGUGUACAGUUUUACUACAAUGUCCUCCUGUGCUAUUGCAAAAUGAUACUACAAUACUCCACAUUGCCCUGGCUGGGUAUUUAAGUCCUUCAUGAGAUUUCUGUACUGAAUGUUCGAUCCAUUUUCAGAUUGCUUUUUACUCUUUUUUUUAUCGGAUUAAUUCAUUUUGAUGCACUUUUUUAUAUUCCAGAAAUACAAACUUGAAUUUUGUAAAUAUACAUAUUUUUUUUAUUAUUUUAUUAUUUUUUAUUAUUUAGUUUUAUUAAUCUAAGUUGAAAUGGUGUAAUACUGCUUUCACAAACACUAUGGCAUUACCUUAUAACUCAACCCUAGUUUCCUUGCAGGACAAAAAAAAAAGAUCAUAGCUCCACAACAAAUAGCCUUUUAGAAAGGGUAUGCUUACUGUACAGUAACUGUUCAAUUUCUCAGCCAGGCUCUGUUUCUCUAUCUGUGCUGUGGAUGACGUGUCUGAUUCAAAAGUCUGCAAUAGUAAAACAUUUGAAGGAGAACUCAUGAAGUUCAUGUUCAUGAAGAUGGUCUGUGUUUAUAGUGUCAAAAUAGGCAGAAGAAUCUAACUGUGUUAUGCUUUUUUAUCUAUUAUGGUGUAUGUCAGAAAUUUAGGAGAAUGACUGAAUAUUUGUACAAAAAUGAAUAAAAUAAAAAUGCCAAUUUUAUUGGUGGAUCAAAACGUC